AUGAACCCUGAUCCGCUGGCUAAAUUCUCGUGGUUCCCCGAGAGCGAGAGUCUCUACGCAAGACACCUACACGAGAUCGUGUACUCGUUCGUGUUCUACCAGGUGCUUGCGUCGUACAUUGCACCAAGGCUCAACAGGGUUGUGUUUGGGAAACACUACACGGGGAUCAAAGAUGCCAAGUUAAAGCUGGAUUUCGACAUCCAUACCGUGUCCAUGGUACAGUGUCUCAUUUCCUGCUACCUGCUCUGGCCAGUCCUCUUCCUCCCACACACCGUCAGCAUCGCGUCGUACACGAACGAGUACUGCAGCAUGCUUACUUCAGUCAGCGCAGGGUACUUCAUCUGGGACAUGAUCGUCUGCUGCACUAACUACUCGCUGUACGGGUGGCAGUUCGUUUUGCACGCAGCAGUGGCACUGUACGGGUCCCUCGUCCCGCUCUCCCCCAUGGCGCAGGUCUGGGUCCCCAAGUUUUUACUGUACGAGGCCAGUACUCCCUUCGUCAACGUCAACUGGUUCAUCAUGACACUCAGCAAGGACAGGAAACGCACAGUCGUGCCCAUGUGGCUCAACGCCCUCAACGGACUUUGCCUCAUGGCCGUGUUCUUCUCCGUCCGCAUCGUAUGGGGACACAUCGCACAGUUUAUCUACCUGUUCCAGAUGUGGGACCAAUGGCACGAACUACCCCAGAAACGCGCGUUCGUCUUGGGUCUACUCACCAUCGUGCUCAACUUACUCAACAUCCUCUGGUUCUCCAAGAUGGUCAAGAUCGCCCGCAAACUGAACGCGGGACCCGCCAAAAGACUCGACUAG